GAUUGCAUCACAUGUCACAUGACAGACUGCAUGUUGGUGUUCGCUGCUCAACGUUCUACCUACUUAAUGCUAGUAAACAUUAUUGUCUUUUAGCAUCUCCUUUUAUUUCUUUAAAAAUUUUGAACUCUUUGUUACUUGGUGAAUCCAGAGGGCCACUUGGAUACUGUUCUUUUCUUGGCUUUGUAUUUUUCGUCUCUGUUAUUCGUUCUAGAUUUCACAAAAGCGAUGGUAGUCCUGCUUUGUUUCUGAUCCCAACUUGUGAAAAAAAAAAAGAUUUGUUUCUUAUCAUACAUAUUCCUUUUAUUCUGUUAUUUCCUAAAAUCUGCAGUUGUUCACAGCCCGGGAUCAUUUAUUUUGCUCUGCGGAAACAGUCUGUCUCUGAUUUCUGCAAGGAGGAAAUACGCCAAGCAGCACGCACAUCCCCUGCUCUCUUUUAUUUCUUCCCAUUUUGUUUUCAAAUUUUCAUCUUGGCCUUACUAAAGAGGCUCAGCAGCUGUCCUUCUCAGCAUCGUUUUCCGGCAAGUCUGUGCUGGGAGGGAACUCGCCAGUAGCGCUCGGGUUCGGAGGCGAUGUCCUUUUCUUUUCUAUGACAAAGAGAUCUGGUCUUUGUUGGCACCGUGAAGAGAAUUUGAAAAUUCUCUUCUGGGGAGUUGGAUUCUGGUGGGUUCUUCUUGUGACCGGGACAAGAUGGCAGUCGUAGUGGGAUGGAGGAAUUUGCGGGUCGCGUUCGGAGGCUAUAUCGGCAGACAAGGUCGUGACUGCGAUCCUCUGCGCUCGAUUUUCCGGCGAGAUUGCUGACUGAGCCUGAAGGGCAGCUUCGAGUGAGGGAAGAUGUUCAAGGGAGCUAAGUGGAGGAGUGAGAAGAACAAGAUCAAGGCCGUUUUCAAAGUACAGGUUCAGGCAACCCAGGUACCUCAAACAGGAUGGGACAGUUUGUUGGUAGCUCUAGUUCCUUCAGAAACAGGGAAACCUUCUGCCAAGACAGAGAAGGUUCAGGUUCACAAUGGGGCAUGUAUAUGGGGGAAUCCCGUCUAUGAAACUGUAAAACUAUCGCGAGAGCCGAAAACAGGGAAAUUUGAAGGGAAAAAGUAUCAGUUUAUAGUAUCAAACGGGUCAAGUAAAGAUGGAAUUCUUGGGCGAACGGCUGUUGAUUUUGCCGAGUAUGCAGAUGCCAUCGAACCUUGUUCCGCUUCCCUCUCACUUGGAGCUUCGAACUCCACAAUUCUUCAUAUCACGAUCCAGAGAUUGCAUGCUGAUGGCAACACGAGAAGUGCAGCCAAAAGAAGCGCUCACACUGAGAGCCUCCGGCAUCAAAUGAGCGAUGUUGACACGGAUGGGAGUUCCGUAACUUCAUGCAGCGCCAGUAGUGCGAGCAAAGAUGUCUUAGCGGGCAAUGGGAUAGUACAAUUUAGCCCAUCUAUCAUAAAUACUGUCCCUCGGACUGCUGAAUAUGACAAUAAAGGUUUCAGAAGUUCUGAUGCUAUCUCAGCAUCAAGUUCUGAUAGCAGCUCUGGGAAUGAUCUCAAUCAUGAAUAUAAGUUUAAAGCUGACAUCCAUAAGGAUACCGUAAGCAUUCUUUCACCUCUUAGCGACCAUACAAGAUCUCCACAACUUUUAGCCAAUGGAUGCAAUGCAGCAGCAGAUCAUAAAGAAUGUGAAGAUUCAAAUGUAGGAUGGUCUCUCAGAUGGACUUCGAAAGAAAGCAAAGAAAACUCAAUGAACACUUCCAAAGAGAUGAAUGCGAAUGAGAAGUUGCAGGCCUCAGAGAUUGAGGUUGCAAAACUCAAGGAUGAAAUUGCUGCCAUGGGAAGGCAAGCAGAGGUCUCAGAUGUAGAAGUCCAGACACUACGAAAACAAAUCAUAAAAGAAAGCAAAAAGGUGCAGGAAUUUUCAAAGGAAAUAUGCAGCUUAAGGGAAGAGAGAGAUGCACUUAGACAGCAAUUUGAACAAAUCAAGGCUUCAAGAGCUACUGACGGUGUCACGGUUGUGGACAAAGCACAUGAUAACAAAAAUGAUGAUACCAGCAUUCUCGAAGAAAUCAAACAAGAACUGGUUUAUGAACAACAGCUUAAUUCCAACCUCCAUUUACAGUUACAGAAAACUCAACAGGCUAACUCUGAACUCAUUCUUGCUGUUCAGGAUUUAGAAUUGCUUUUAGAGCAGAAAGAAAGGGAAAUAUCUCAUGUCUCCAGCACUGCACGAUGCAGCAUGCCAGUAACAGAUGAUAGCUGCCAAGAAUUAUCAACAACAGCAGAUGCCUUACAGAAACCUCAAGUUCAGAGGUAUUCUGACUCACAGAGCAUAAAGCAUGAAGGAGAUCAAGAGCAACUUGAAUUGGAAGUAUUAAUUAAGGAGCAUGAUGAUGCAGAUAAUUCGUUGACACUUGAGCAAAAGAUUUUGCAAUUGCAAAAUGAGUUAGAAGAAUGUAAAACGGAUCGGGAUCAUAUAGAGAUGCAAAUGGAGCAGCUUGCUCUUGAUUAUGAGAUUCUGAAGCAGGAAAAUCAUGACAUGGCUUUUAAGCUUGACCAAAGCGAGAUACAAGAACAACUAAAAAUGCAAUAUGAAGCCUCUGUGUCAUUAGCAGUCAUCAAUGACCUGGAAGCUCAUGUUGAAAACUUGGAGAAAGAGCUUGCCAAGCAAGAAGAAGCAUUUGAAGCUGAACUGGCUGCACUAACUCGUGAAAAAGUAGAGCAGGAAAGGAGAGCAAUAAGAGCAGAAGAGAUGUUGAGAAAGACGAGACAAAGCAAUGCUGACACAGCUGACCGGCUACAACAAGAAUUUAAAAUGCUUUUCACUCAAAUGUCUGUUACCUUUGGUGCAAAUGAGAAGUUAGCCAUGCAAGCAAUGACAGAAGCUAAUGACCUGCGUAUCCAAAAGAGUCACCUAGAGGAGUCGCUAAAGAAAUCUGCUGAAGAGCUUCAACUGAUCAAAGAUCAUUACGAUGAGGAACUAACUGAGCUUUCAUGUCAACUGGAUUCAAAAACAAAUGGCAUAAAUCAACUACUGUCAGAGGUUGAAUAUCUCUCCACAGAGCUGAAGGCUCAGAAGAAAAUUGCAGAAGUUGCCAUUAACACCCUCGCAGAUGAAAUCCUUUCACUGAAAGCAGAUAUCCAAGUGCUCAUAAUUGGGAAAAAUGAUCUUUUUAAGAAGGUAGAAGAGAAAGAAAAGAUUCUACUUGAUCUGCAAGAGAUGAAAAUCAGAAUGAAUGAGAAAGAGCUCAUCCUAGAAAAAGGAGAUGCCAAAAUAAAAUCCCUUGAGAGGGAGAUUCUUCAGGCGAUGGCAGAAGCAGGAAAAUCACAGGAAGAAUUGCAUGAUAUGAGGAUCUUGUUGGUUGAAAAGGAGGAAAUGAUUGCUAUGGUUCAAUCAGAAAAAGAAACGAUAGCAAUACAGUAUAAUCAACUUAAGCAAUCCUUGUUUGAGCAUGAGACUGAGAAACAAAAUCUAAAAAAGGAAUUUCCGUUUACAUCUGAUUUGGAGAAUCAUCAAGAGGCAGUCACAGCCACUGAAAAGAAAGUCAUAGAUAAUGCUUCAAGUGCUACAGAAUUUGAGGAAAAUGCAAAUGCAAGCAUAAGAAACGACGACUCCCACUCCAUCCAACAAUGCAUUGAAGAGGUUUUCAGGUUGCAACACAAAAUCAAGCUUCUUGAGGAAGAAGUAAAGAUAAAGGAACCAACAAUUCAGGUAUCAAAGGAUGAAUUCACAGAGAAGGAGAGAGAUCUUUAUGCUAGGAUUGAGGAACUACAGAAGGCAGCAUUGAGUCAAUCAUGGAAUAUCUCAACUCCUUCUGAUGGAACUGUGCAGGAGUCACAGCAUGAAGAUUGCAGGGUUGGAGACAAUCCCCAUCAUAGAGAAGAGACGAGCAGCAGCAGAAGUUUCUCAGAGACAGGUGUGGAUAUUCUAUCAGGUGUUCUUGACCAUGCUGACAAUGAACAAGGGUCAGCUAAAAGCAUUGUUAUAGAUCCAAGUGAUGAACAGAAAACCUGCAAUCCUUGCGUACCCUCGCCAGAUGACAUCACAAAAAUGAUAGAUGAAAUAUCACAGUUGAAGAAGAAGAACACAUCAAUGGAGGAUGAGCUCAAGGAAAUGCAAGAACGCUACUCCGACUUAAGUCUCAAAUUCGCAGAGGUAGAAGGUGAAAGGCAACAACUUAUAAUGAGUGUUCGCAAUCUCAAAAAUGCUAAAAGGACCUAGCUACCCAUAUUUGUACAAGCACACCAUCAUUCAAUGUAUACAUACAAACAGAGUGUUCCACUGUAUAGAGGAAGUAGUUGGAAUCACUCAAGAGGCUGAUUUCCAAAGAUAGCUUUUGUAAUUUAAAAGUAUGCUAUAUUGCCAAUGCAAAUCACCUAGUGAAUUCUUUGUUGUCUUGCGAAUAAA